CAGGACAGUGCGUGUUUGGAUGAAGAGAGACAGUGGUCAGUUCUGGCCUAGUAUAUAUCAUGCCAUGCCAGCUCCAUGUUCAUGUAUGUCUUUUAAUCCAGAAACUCGGAGGCUGUCCAUAGGCCUGGACAAUGGUACUAUCUCAGAAUUUAUUUUAUCUGAAGAUUACAACAAAAAUGAUCCCAUCAAGAACAUAUCAAGCCCACCAGAGCCGACUGACAAUGGUUCUGUUUGUCCUGGAAAUGGAGUGGAUGUUGAGUACAGGACAGGACAAGCUGUUCACAUGGCACUGUUCAGAGACGGGGGAACGUCUGGGAAACUACCGCACUACAGCCUGUGCUUCAUGUCUGCAAUUCGAUGUGGAGACAAGACACGUAUUUGUCGGGGAUUAUUCUGGACAGGUGACCAUUUUAAAACUUGAACAAGACAACUGCAGCCUCAUUACCACAUUUAAGGGACAUACAGCUGGGGUGACCACCUUGUGCUGGGAUCCGGUACAAAGACUUCUGUUCUCAGGAAGCUCGGAUCAUUCCAUCAUCAUGUGGGAUAUUGGGGGACGAAAAGGAACGGCACUGGAACUUCAAGGGCACAAUGAUAAAAUCCAGUCCAUCUCCUAUGCACACCAUUCCAGACAGCUCAUCUCCUGCAGCGCGGAUGGUAGUAUUGUUGUCUGGAAUAUGGAUGUUGAAAGACAGGAGACACCAGAAUGGUUGGACAGUGACUCCUGUCAGAAGUGUGAUCAGCCUUUCUUCUGGAACUUCAAACAGAUGUGGGACAGCAAGAAGAUCGGCCUCAGGCAGCACCAUUGCAGGAAAUGUGGGAAAGCAGUAUGCGGUAAAUGUAGCUCUAAGAGGUCCACCAUUCCUCUCAUGGGAUUUGAAUUUGAGGUCCGCGUGUGUGACAGCUGCUAUGACACUAUCACUGAUGACCAGCGAGCACCAACUGCAUCUUUCCAUGAUAGUAAACACAACAUUAUCCAUGUAAACUUCGAUCCCACAAGGGUCUGGUUAUUGACUUCAGGAACAGACAAGGUCCUAAAGCUGUGGGAUAUGACUCCGGUUGUAUCUUGA